AAAUAAAUAAAUAAAUAAAAAGUAAAGAAACGGGCCAAAAUAUCCCAGAAAUUGCGAACGUAGAAAAGAAUCGGAACAAGCUCUGAGCUCUCUCUCUCUCUCUCUCUCUCGAUCACGUUUUGCUCCAUCUCUAUCCUGCUUCGGAGCUAAAUCAUUGCAUACUGCAUAGAGAGAGAGAAAACAAUGAGUCAGGAAUCGUUCAUAUACACCUUUGUGGCCCGAGGCACCGUGGUCUUGGCCGAGUACACCGAGUUUACCGGCAACUUCCCAGCGAUUGCGGCUCAGUGCCUGCAGAAACUCCCUUCCUCCAACAACAAGUUCACCUACACCUGCGACCACCACACCUUCAAUUUUCUCGUCGAAGAUGGUUAUGCUUACUGUGUUGUGGCCAAUGAAUCUGUUGGCAAGCAGAUAUCUAUUGCAUUCUUGGAACGGAUGAAGGCAGACUUUAGGAAAAGAUAUGGGGGUGGUAAAGCAGAUACAGCUAUGGCCAAAAGUCUUAACAAGGAAUUCGGACCAAUCAUGAAAGAGCACAUGAAGUAUAUUAUUGACCAUGCUGAAGAGAUUGAGAAGUUGUUGAAAGUGAAGGCUCAAGUUUCUGAAGUUAAAAGUAUCAUGUUGGAGAAUAUUGACAAGGCUCUUGAUAGGGGGGAACACCUAACGAGUAUUGCUGACAAAACUGAAGACUUGCGUAAGCAGGCCCAAUUGUACAAAGAAAAAGGAACACAAAUUAGACGGAAGAUGUGGUAUCAAAACAUGAAAAUAAAGCUGGUGGUUCUUGGAAUCUUGUUCCUUCUGAUCCUGAUAAUCUGGCUUUCUAUUUGCCAUGGAUUUGACUGCACCAACUAGUAGAAAUUCUUCAGUACACAGCAAUGGGAACAAAAUUACAUAGACGUAGAUUCAACAAUAUGUGCGCAUGAACCAUGUUCUGUAAUUUGUGAUGUAUCUUCAAAAUCACAAGUGAAGUUGUGCUCAACAGUAAAGUCCAGGAAUUCUUUGCAAGUCAGUGUAGGCGUUUUGUUUUGUUUUGUUUUUUUUCAGUGUUGCGAGAGAGAGAGAGAGAGAGAGAGCUGGGUCAUGGUAGAUCUUGUCAAAUAAUACAUCAAGAUGUUAUUUUGAAUCCAAUAUAGCAAUAGUUUGUGAUA